CGCCAGUGCUGAUGUAAUCACCGGGGCCGCUCCACUUGGAAGCAAAGAGCAGCAGGAGGUGGAGAAGGAGGAGGCCGCGGACAAGGAGCCCGAUGUGAGGCGACAGGCGGGCCUUGACAAGCCAGCCUCACAAGCAGCGCUAAACCCACUCAGGAGAUUAGCGUCCACAUGUCCCGCCGUCAGCGGGAACACUGUCCCACUUUGUCUCGCAGGGAGGGAGCCACCGGAGCCGCUGCCAGUUUUGCUUCGCUCGGUCGGGAGGAAUUCUCAAAUCGUCUCAAGAGUCGCUUUUUGGAUUUGACAGGCAUCCUCCACCAUGCCUGUCGAUGGAUUUACCUUCAAGAGUCGCAUUAGGAACCUGCUGAGGUCUCCUUCAGCCAGGAAGACCAAGAGAGACAACAUCAACAACAAGGUAACAUUGGAGAAGGUUUUGGGUAUCACCACUUUGGGCAACAGUGGUCUGGCCUGCGACCCCAAAACUGGACUAGUGGCUUAUACUGCAGGGUGUGUGCUUGUUUUGCUGAACCCCAGAAAGAACAGGCAGCAUCACAUUAUCAACACGUCAGGAAAGACCAUCACAGCUCUGUCCUUCUCCCUGGAUGGCAAACACCUGGUCACAGGAGAGAGCGGCCACCUUCCCGCCGUCAGAGUUUGGGACGUGGCGGAGCGACAGCAGGUGGCGGAGCUCCAGAAGCACAAAUAUGGCGUCUCCUGCGUGGCUUUCUCACCUGACUGCAAGUACGUCGUCAGCGUGGGCAAUCAGCACGACAUGAUGGUCAACGUGUGGGCCUGGAAAAAGGAUGUGGUGGUCGCCGCCAACAUGGUGUCCAGCAAGGUGACUGGGGUGUCUUUCUCCGAGGACAGCUCCUACUUUGUCACCGUGGGCAACCGGCACGUCAAGUUCUGGUAUCUGGACCACUGCAAGGCCACCCAGGCCAGCACCCCCGUCCCCCUGUUGGGCCGCUCUGGGCUGCUGGGCCAGUUGAGGAAUAACAAUUUCUGCCACGUGGUGUGUGGGCGGGGCCAGAAACGGGACGCCACCUUCUGCAUCACGUCCUCCGGCCUGCUGUGCGAGUUCAACGGCAGGAGGAUGCUGGACAAGUGGGUGGACCUGCGGACAAGCAUGGCACAAUCGCUGUCUUUGUCCGAGGACAGGAUCUUUUGCGCCUGUGCCGAUGGAACAGUUCGAGCCUUCAGUCCGUUUGACCUGCGCUUUGUCUGCACGCUGCCCCGGCCACACCCCCUUGGUGUGGACAUGGCGUCCAUCACUAAGGCUAGUCACUUACUUUGCACCAAGACGGACGCACGCUACCCAGACGCCAUCGCGGUCACCUACGACCCCGUCAACCUCUGGCUGAGCUGCAUGUACGAUGACCACAGCUUGUACGUCUGGGACGUGAGAGACCUGAACAGCGUAGGGAAGGUCCACUCCUCCCUCUUCCAUGCUGCGUGUGUCUGGGACCUGGAGAUGUUCCCAGAUGUUCCUGGAGAAACGGCAGCCGGAUUGUCUCCUGCUGCGUUCCUCAGCUGUUCGUCGGAUAACACCAUCAGACUUUGGCACGUAGAAGACCGCACGCACGGUCAUCCUCGCAACAUCCUGAGCAAGGUGAGACACCCGCCACUUCCCACCUUCCACCCCCCACGGCAGCGUGGAAGUGCUGACUUUGCUUUUAUGCAGGAUCUCCUGAAGAUCAUCUACACCGGCGCCACCACCAGCGCCUUGCGUGACCCUGAAAGUACGACCAACGUGAGUCCGGAUAAAGCGGCGGAAAGCCGGACAGGCAUCAGGACCAUCUGUGUCAGCCCCGAUGGCAAACACCUGGCGUCUGGAGACAGAAACGGGAUGCUGAGAGUUCACAACCUCGGCAGCAUGGAGGAGAUUCUUCAAGUCCAAGCCCAUGAUGCUGAAAUCCUGUGCCUGGAGUACAGCAAACCAGAAAGCGGUCUGCAGCUGCUGGCCACGGCGAGCAGGGACCGCCUGAUCCACGUCCUGGAUGCCGCCGCCGACUACAGUCUGGUUCAAACGCUGGACGAGCACUCCUCGUCCAUAACCGCCGUUCGCUUUGCCGCCAAUGACGGCAAGGUGAGAUUGAUCAGCUGCGGGGCGGAUAAAAGCAUCUAUUUUCGCACUGCCCAUAUGAGCAACAGAGGAGCAGAGUUCCGGCGUUCCCACCACACGGUGAGGAAAAGCACGCUGUACGACAUGGGCGUCCACCCCACCUCCAAGUACGCUGCUGUCGGCUGCCAGGACCGCUGCAUCAGGAUUUUCAACAUCAGUAGCGGCAAGCAGAGGAAGCUUUAUAAAGGAUCCCUCCGUGAGGAUGGCAGCCUGCUCAGGAUUCAGAUCGAUCCAUCGGGUCAGUAUGUGGCCGCCAGCUGCUCCAAUAAGAACAUCAGCAUCUUUGACUUCUACAGUGGCGAAUGUGUGGCUACCAUGAUUGGACAUUCCGAGAUCGUCACCGGAAUGAGGUUCACCAACGACUGCAAGCAUUUGAUCAGCGUGUCGGGGGACAGCUGCAUCCUGGUGUGGCGUCUGGCCUCAGAGAUGACCAUCAGCAUGAGACAGAGGCUCUGUCAGCUCAGGCAGGACGCAAACCCUCACAGGAGCGCCCCCCUCAGGCGAGAGGCCUACAGCGCUCCCGCUAUGGUCAGCCUCUCCUCGGACGGUCACAACCACAAGUCCAACCGCCAGGAAGAGAACUCGACCAUGAACACGUUCUCCGACAGCAGCCAUGGCGAAGAAGACUCAGGCGGCUCCGAUGCAGGACCUGACUGGGAAGCAACCAAACCGGCGGUGGUGAGCACACCCAGCAGCAGUCGUCGUCCUCGCAGGCGCUGGUCCCGCCGCAUGGGCUCCCUGGAGUUGAUGGUGAAGUCCAUGCUGGACCUGAGGCAGCUGGAGACCUUUGCCCCCAGCAAACACGCCGACCCCCACGCUGGCGGCGCAGACCGACACAGCACAUCCUGCCUCCAGGAACCCACGCAGCACCUCGAGGAGCGGGCCAAGCAUCGGCACAGGCAAUGUCGUGAUUGGACCAAAAUGGACGGCACAGAUGAGAACGAGGGGGAGACGGAUCUACGAGACAUCAUGGUGAGGGAUCCACCCUGCGAGAAGGUCUUUGGCAAGAGCCAGGACAGCUACAGCCCAGACAGCGCCUGCUCGCUGGGCUACGAGAGCAGAGGGUCCAGUCCUGACGGAGCCCUUGAUGACUCUGCCGACGCAGCGUCACUCAGUCUGGACAGCUCGGAUGACGAUGAGGAGAUGGAGGACGGCGGCGUUGAAGACCUGGAGGCAGAGAAGGUUGACACCACCAGCGUGGAUGAAGCUCUUAAAGCGGUGACCUCCCAGCACCACAGCCGAGAAGACUUCCUCAAGCAGAACUUUGAGACGCUGGAAAAUGGCUGUAGAGCAACUGAGACCAGCAGAGUCCCAAGACUCAGCAUGUCCUCACGCUUCCUGGCCAGAGGUCCCCAGAACAGUGGAGGUACCCCGUUUGCUAAAGUGCAAAAGACCCCCGGCAGCCCCUCUUCCAAGCCCCCUGUGUCGAAAGUAAGACCCUUGAUGGAAGAAGUUGUGAGCAGAAACCCGGAGGAUGAGACCCCCGCACCCCCCAGCACCAGCCAUGGUCCAAACAGGGGGGCCACCGCCGUCUCUGCUCCCGUCCCGAGACUGCAGAAGAAGACAACAUCCGCGUCCCACCUUUGGAGGCUCUCCACACCGCCGUCCAAACCCGUACCGCUUCCGGACGGAACCACGAGUCUGCAGAAGUCUCAGUCCGUCCAGAACCUGACCUUAGCCUCUCCACGCUCUCCACUGCCCUCUAGCGACCGGCUGGAGACGUGCAGGAGACCCCAGCAUCUUUUUCUGGACCGUGACGCUCCCAAGCCCUCCUACUUGUCCUCGCCUUCCCCGGGGUCGCCGCAGUCUCCCCGCUCCCCUCACUCCUACAUGAACCCCACGGCCAGCUCCUUGGCCAAGAGCAGCCGCUCCUCCUCGCUGGGUGAAGGCCUCCACGCCGCCCCUCUCGGCGUCUCCUCCUUUCCCUCCAGGACCAGGAGGUCAUUGUCGGGGCAUCCUGAGACGGAGUCGCCUGCACCGGCCUGCCUUCAGCCCACCGCCACCGUUCUGCCAACUCGUGUCCCUCUCAGCCCGCGACGCAGCCUCUGCUUGGACGUGAAGGCCGGCACAAGGACUUCCUGUCCAUGUGAUGUCACUUCCUCUACAGGAUGCACGCAAGGUUUCUUUAAUCUGUCCUCUCAUUCAGAAGCUGAUGAGAAGAGCCUGUCUGUGGCCGGGAGUACACAGGAUGCGGCCCUUGGACGUGAAGAGCGCCCUCUGGCGGUGGAACAUCUCAGUGCACCUCCCUCUGACGGCCAUCCAGGUGUCCCGUUUGUUCCUACGCUGUCGCUCGCUACCCCUCCUCUUUUUCUUCGUCGUCAUUCUCUCGCUCCACGCCGGCCGCCGCUGGCCGCCCGGCCCGUGUGUCAGUCUGCGUGUGUGGCGCCCGUGUCUCCUCCGUGUGUGGCGCCGCCCUCCUGCUGGCAGUGCCACGGCGGUGAGUCCAUCACCUUGGAAACGUGCAGGCAAGCUGUUGAUGACCUUCACAGCAGUUUGAGAAGAACCAUCACGCUCUACACGGCGGUGCUCCAGCGCCAUCCACGGGCCGCAGGUGAAGGUCGCCAGGAGAUGGAGAAGAUCUUAUCCGAAGCGCUGGUGUCCGUCAAAACCGAGCUGGACCCGCUGCCUCGUUCCACGGCGGGGUCAGAGGUGAAAGGAGAAGCCCUGGCCCUGCUGGAGCAGUACGCCGAGCUGCUGCUUCAGUCGGUGGAGAGGAAGCUGGAUGGCAAGGUGUGACCGAGUCAGAGGAGGAUGCUGGCGCAGAGGUGGGAACCCACUUUGGUUCUUCCAGCCCUGAAAGACUUUAGUCUGCCUUAUUCUGCUCACAUGAUGAGAAGAAGAACUCGCCUUAGCUCACGUUCAUGUUUGCACAAUUUCCCAUCUUAAGUCAACACCACAAAAAACCAUUUCCAUCAAAGGCACCCUCAGGUCAAGAAGAAGUGAUCUUCUUCUCCUUUGUGAGACAGUCACGCAGGAUUAUUUCAUCCUGUUGUGUAGAAUACAGCAGGUACUGUAAGUACAGUAAAUAUUGUAUAGGUACUGUAUGUACCCUAAGUACAGCAGGUACUGUAAGUACGGUAAAUAUUGUAUGUACUGUAUGUACCCUAAGUACAGCAGGUACUAUAAGUACAGUAAAUAUUGUUGGUACUGCAGGUACCCUAAGUACAGCAGGUACUGAAAGUACAGUAAAUAUUGUAGGUACUGUAGAUACAUGUACUGUAGGUACCGUAAGUACUGCAGGUACUGUUAGUACGGUAAAUAUUGUUGGUACUGCAGGUACCCUAAGUACAGGAGGUACUUUAAGUAUGGUAAAUAUUGUAGGUACUGCAGGUACUGUAAGUACGGUAAAUAUUGUAGGUACUGCAGGUACCCUAAGUACAGCAGGUACUGUAAGUACAGUAAAUAUUGUAGGUACUGUAGAUACAACAUGUACUGUAGGUACCGUAAGUACUGCAGGUACUGUUAGUACGGUAAAUAUUGUUGGUACUGCAGGUACCCUAAGUACAGGAGGUACUUUAAGUAUGGUAAAUAUUGUAGGUACUGCAGGUACUGUAAGUACGGUAAAUAUUGUUGGUACUGCAGGUACCCUAAGUACAGCAGGUACUGUAAGUACAGUAAAUAUUGUAGGUACUGUAGAUACAACAUGUACUGUAGGUACCGUAAGUACUGCAGGUACUGUAAGUACAGUAAAUAUUGCAGGUACUGUGAGUACGGUAAAUUUUGUAUGUAUUGUAAGUACUUAAGGUACUGUAAGUACAGUAAAUAUUGUAGGUACUGUAAGUAAUGCAGGUACUGUAAGUACUGUAAAUAUUGUAGGUACUGCAGGUACUGUGAGUACGGUAAAUAUUGUAGGUACUGUAUGUACCCAAAGUACAGCAGGUACUGUAAGUACGGUAAAUAUUGUAGGUACUGUAGGUACCCUAAGUACAACAGGUACUGUAAGUACAGUAAAUAUUGUAGGUACUGUAGAUACAACAUGUACUGUAGGUACCAUAAGUACUGCAGAAAAUCAGAAUCUUUAAAGUUGUAUUUAAAGAAUGUAUGAAAUAUAUAGUUACUGUAAAUACUGGGAUAUUUACAGUGGUUUGGGAUUUAUUGGAAUAUUUUGGUCAUCUUAAAAAAUGUCAAUUUUUAAUAUUUUCUAAAUACCAAAAACAUUUAGAUUAGAUUUUUUUAAUGGGUUUAGAUUGUUUUAUCUUUAGAAGAAUCUGACAUUUCUAAAUAAAACUUGAUUGCUGAGAUUUCCCUUCCUAUAUUGUAUGAUGUAUUAUUUGAUGUGUGUAGACGCUAAUAAUAAUAAUAAUAAUAAUAAUAAUAAUAAUAAUAAUAAUAAUAAUUCUGCAUCAGUUAAAGAGGAUCCAACAUGUUUUUGGGGCAGUUUAAUAGUAGAAGUAGAAAAUAUGCUAGACAAUGGAGUCAUUUGUGGUAGAAAGCACACAGUGAAGAAAAAGCAGCGUUUAUAUUUAGGAAUGCUUAGUGGUUAUUAGCACUUUGUCUUUGUUGUUAUUAUUAUUAUUAUUAUUAUUAUGAUAAUUAUCAUUAUUCAAUCCCAGUAGCAUGUACGUAUAUAGAAUAGACUUUUCUAUGUAAUGCAGUGCUAGGUGUGUUUCAUGAUGAUGAUGAUCACACUCUGCACGCGUGGAACGGUGAAGGUCACACCCUCUCCUACGGGAGCGUCUCCACGUGGACGAAGGUGAGGACGACGUCGUGCAGGAUGUUGAUGCGGUUGAUCUGGUUGAGCUCUCUGACGCGGUGUCGGAACUCAAACAGCGGAAUGUUGUUGACCGCCACGCGGAAUGCCUCCUGCGUGCAUAGGAUCUUCAUCUGCAACACACAAACACACAUUGACAAUUAAUGUUGCACUGCAAUGUCCCAGCACAGCCAGCAGGUGGUGCUGAUGGUAGAGUAUCUCGUCAUACAACAAGCCCCAUCUGGAAGGACUUCUUGUCCUAUCUGGAGGUACAAUAUGAGUGUACAUGGAUAUGUGUAUAUGUGGUCACUAGGUGGCAGUACACCGAUACCUCUACCUUUCCGAUCCCAUACUGAGUUGAAGUAUCUAUCUUGUACGAUAUCGUACUGUAAGUAAAGUACUAUGUAGUAGUGUAUUUCAUCUCCCAGCACAAAGAAUAGCAGACCUUUCA